GGACCACCUGGGUCGGCUGCAGGGCGCGGUGAGGGCGGCGGGCGGACUGGACACAGUGUGUGCGGCACCCGAGUCCUUCCUGGGCUCCGCGCUGGUGAUUCAGGAGCUGAGUCUGGGAUCCAAGAUCAGCCGGGAGCUGGCGAUCGCGCUACUCUCCGCGCACGCCGACCGCGGCCCCGCCCGCCUGCUGCAGCAGCCCGAGCUGCGGCUGCUUUGGCGCAGCUGCUUCGGGGGGGAGGCGGAGGUGGGGUGGGGCGAGUGGUGGGCGGCCUUCCCCGCGGGCAUUGCGCGGCUGCCGGGGCUGGGCAUGGGGGCGCUGGCGGAGCGGCUGGGGGGCCUGCUGGCGGAGGACACAGCACGCUCGGCCUUCCAACGUCACGUCCUCGCCGCCAACAAUGUCGUACCCGUGUCGUCGUCAUCAGCGAGGACUGGCGCCUCCGCCACCACCGCCGCCAGCAGCAGCAGCGGCAUCUCCGCCUACGCUCUAGCGGCGGCGUUCGGCGCCCCCCUGACGGAGGCGGCUGCGGCGGGGUUCGACGACCUGGCGGGGGAGGUGGCGGCGGCGCUGGCGGCGGCGGCGCUGCCAGUGGAGGGUCCGUGUCAGCUGCCGCCGCUGCCGCCGCUGCACGUACCGCGAGAGGAGCUGGCGGAGAGGGUGGUGGCGGCGCUGACGGGGGCAGCAGCGGGGGCGGGAGGAAGGGGAGGAGGAGGAGGGGAGAAGGAGGGGGCGCCGGAGAAGUGCAGGGCCGUGUGCCUGCUGGCGCCGCCCGGCCUGGGCAAGAGCACACUGGCGGUGGAGGUGUGCUGGCGGCUGGUGCGGCGGGGCGGCGCGGCGGGCGGCUGCGUGUGGGUGGAGCUGGCGGGGGCGCGCAGCUGGCACGACGUGGAGGCGCGGAUGUGUGUGGCGCUGGGGCUUAUCAAGGACAACUCUGACGGCAGCCGGCGCCUGCUGGCCGCCCUGCGCGGCUGCUGCUCGCCCGCCCGCCCGCUGCUGCUGGUGGUGGACAGCCUGGAGGAGCCGCUCAUGAGGGGGGGAGCGGGG